AUGACUUUGGGACUUGGAAGGAUAGGUGGGCUUUUGGCUUGUGUCGGAUUGGUCGUUGCACAUGGAGGUGUAGCACAUCAGAAACCUUUGACCGUGGAUCCAGACGCGGAUUGGGGUACUAGACAUAUGGCUGAGGAACAUCAUAUAGAAAACUUUGAUGCCGGUGCCUUCUUCACACUGCAUGAUUUCGAUAACAACGGUGUAUGGGACCAAGCGGAAAUCCUCAAAUUCUACGGCAUGGAAGAUGAAACCGCAAAAGAUGUGCCGCAGGAUAAGAAGGAUAAUAUACUGAAGGAGAUAUUAAAAUUGAUGGAUAAUAAUAAUAACGGACAAGUGGAAAGGGAAGAAUGGGAUAGAUAUUCGGGGACUGGAGGAUUGUUACCGGAUUUUGGAUUGGGACCUGGUCAUCAUUGGGACAUUGAGAUGGAGUAUGAGAUUCAUCAUUGGCAGAAAUACCACGACGAGAAUACGAAGGAAGAGGAUCUAAUACACCCGGAGGAUAUUGAACAUUUUAAGAAGCAUGAUGAAUUGGAAGAUGAAGCCGAUAGAGUUGCAGCUUUGGAUAAGAUGUCCAUUGUUGAACAAAAUAUUCCUGAUAAGUUCAGAAAGGAUAAACAAUGA